AUGGCCUCGCUGCCCAGGAGCUUCGCGACUGGCACUGGUGCAGACCUCUUCGGUCUGGAGCCGUCGAGUCGGCUCGGCGCCGGCCCGAUCGGGGCGCGGGGGCGCCCGAGGCGGGGCUUCAUGGCCUCCACGCCCGCGGGGGCGCCGGGGCGCGGCGGGGACCCGGACUUCGACGAGAAUGCGGCGGACUUCGACACCGAGGAGGGCACGUACCUCUACGGCACUGACAUCAAGGACAGGAUUGUCGCAGGUCAGAAGAGCAAGAUUUCACAUAUGAGCUGCAUGGAAGGGGCGGCAGGCCGCCCCGCCCGGGGCAAGGCCGCGGCGGGCCGCGCGGCCGUGGACGAGGGGGCCGGCCAUGCCACGGCGGGCCACGGUGGGCCGAGGGCCUUCGCCAGGGUGGCAGCACUGGCCGCCGCUGCCAUCUCGCGCGCGGAGUCUCCGCCUCCCCCCCCGGCGGCUCCGGCGAGCGGCCAGGGGCUGUGCGUCCUGGGCGCGGGGAGGCUGUCGCGGCAGAACACCGGGGCGGAGGCCGCAUGGUGGGACGCGCUCAGGCGGACCUGGGCUGCAGAGGCAACGCUGGUGCAGGAGAACGCGCGGCUCCUGAGCGUCGACAUCCAGCGCCCCGCCGACCUGGAGGCGGGCGCCAGCGGCCUCGCGGUCUCCGCGGCCUGGGCGCUGCGGGGAGCCGGCCUGGAGGGCGCCUGCGCCUGGACGCUGGUGCUGUGGCUCCCGCUGCUGCUGAACCUCGGGCGGCUGGCCAGCCGCCUCGCGGACCUCGCAGACCUCGAGCCCAUGGCGCUGGCGCUGGUCCCCCACGAGCCCGCCGGCGGCGGCGGUGGCGCCCCGCCCUUCUGCGUGCUGAGCCGCGGGCUUGUGGAGUCCGCUGGGCAGCGGAGAGCCCAGUCCUGA